AUGGAAGAUGACGAGAAUUUUGUCUACGUGCUCGAGGACGAGGACCUCGAAAUUGUCGACCGGAACAACGAGGACAUUCAGAGCCCGCUCAGAUCGAUCAAUAUUGUUCUCCAAGAGGCGCAAGAUCUUCUUACGGAUGGCCCCAUGGACAAGGCGCCCAAAUCAAAGUCGAAGAUUUUGAUGGACGAGGUUGACGUAGAAUUCUCGCCGAUGACAAAAGUGCAACCCGGGCAGCCGAUUGAAGUAAUCGUCCGCCACAGCAAAUGGACGACGAAGGGCGAGCAUGACGAGGAGGAGCAGCCAGAGCCCCAGCGCGAAUCCCGCUCUCGGCAUCAGCGCAAGCCGUCGAAAUCUAUGUUAGGAGUUUUGCGAGAAGAAACCGAGGAGUUCUAUCGGCGCCGAGAUCAGGAAGAAGGGCUCGGCUCAUCAAAACAGGAGCCAGCGCAGCCGAUCAGCCACACCGGGAGCUGGAAAAAGGGCCAUCGCCGCGCCUUCAGCAUGCCCAACGCCAAGGGGGAGAAGAUGACGCUCGCCGUUAUUCAGGAUCAUAAGGAGUCGGACGACGGCAAUCUACACUCGCGGAAGAUCGUGCGCUACAAGCUGCGCGCAAAGCAGGACGACGGCCCACUGACUCGCGCCAUCUACAUCGCCGACCAAAAGAAUACGGUAUACGGGACCGUAGCCAUUCAGCAACCCCGAAAGCAGCAGGUUGUCCGUUUUGAGGAGGUUGGAGACGAUGACGAACACCCCGAUCAUGGACUAGAGGUCGAAAUUAAUGAAGAAGAGAUCACCUACCCGGGCGACCUCUCAACCGGCGAGGGCUCGCGGGUCGUCAUCAAGAAGUUCUGGGAGGCCAAAUGGAAGGUGCAGAACUUUGAGCUGCUUCCGGUUUGGCUGCAGGACAACGAGUAUUUGAAGACCGGCCACCGCCCGCCGAUGCCUUCAUUCAGCUCUUGCUUCAAGAGCAUCUUCGCCGUCCACACCGAGACGGGCAACAUUUGGACACACAUGUAUGGUUGUGUCGCCUUCAUCGGGGUCGCCAUCGGCUUCCUGUGCCAAAGUGACCUGAAGGUGCAAUUUAUGGAAAAGCUGAUUUUCUCGGCCUUCUUCCUCGGCGCCGUCAUCUGCAUGGGCAUGUCGUUCGUCUUCCACACCGUCCAGUGCCACUCCGACAACGUCAGCAAGUUCUUCAGCAAGCUCGACUACACCGGCAUCACCCUGCUGAUCGUCGGCUCGUUCAUUCCGUGGAUCUACUACGGGUUCUACUGCCGCCCCCAGCCGAUGCUCGUCUACAUUACUAUGAUCACGAUCCUCGGCAUCUCGGCGAUGGUCGUGUCGCUGUGGGACAAAUUUGCCGAGCCGAAAUUCAGACCUGUUCGCGCGGGCGUGUUCGUGGCGAUGGGGCUCUCUUCCAUUUUCCCUGCAAUCCACUUUUUCAUCACCGACGGCUUCUGGGUGAUGUGGAGAGAGGCGGCUUUGAUGUGGUUGCUGAUCAUGGCCUUCUUCUACCUCUCUGGUGCUGCGCUGUACGCCACCCGCGUGCCCGAGCGAUUCUUCCCUGGCCACUGUGACUACUGGUUCCAAUCCCAUCAACUGUUCCACACGUUCGUCGUCCUGGCCGCCUUCGUCCACUACUACGGGAUGUGCGAGAUGGCGGCGCAGCGGCUGGCGAUGGGCAGCUGCUCCGAGCAGCUCCUAAGAAGGUACGGCGUCGAGGCUAGCCCGUCGUGGCUGGGCACCCUGCUACAUCUCGACGAGCCGGCCGGGACGAUCAGCUGGACCCCGGAGAGCAUGAAAAACGUG